UACGACAAGGAGAACAGCCGGUCAAGAUGCCUUUCUCCAAACUCCAAAAGAAUGACGCCUACUUCUCGCGGUACCAAGUGAAGUACAAGCGCCGCCGCCAGGGCAAGACCGAUUACUAUGCCCGUAAGAGGUUGAUCACUCAGGCGAAGAACAAGUACAAUGCGCCCAAGUACCGUCUCGUCGUCCGCUUCACCAACAAGGACAUCGUCGCCCAGAUCGUCCACUCCGAGAUUGGGCGGUGACAAGGUCUUCAUGGCCGCAUACGCUCACGAGCUAAAGCCCUACGGCAUCACCCACGGUCUCACCAACUGGUCCGCCGCCUACGCCACCGGUCUCCUUCUCGCUCGCCGCACCCUCAAGAAGCUCGAGAUGGACGAGGACUUCGUCGGUGUCGAGGAGGCUGACGGUGAGUUCACCCUCACCGAGGCUGCUGAGGUCGACGGUGAGGAGCGCCGCCCCUUCAAGGUCUUCUUGGAUGUCGGUCUCGUCCGCACUUCUACUGGUGCCCGUGUCUUCGGUGCCAUGAAGGGCUGCUCCGACGGUGGUGUAUUCAUUCCUCACUCCGAGAACCGCUUCCCCGGUUACGACAUUGAGGGCAAGGAGCUCGAUGCUGAGACCCUUCGCAAGUACAUUUUCGCUGGCCACGUCGCUGAGUACAUGGAGACCCUCGCCGACGAUGACGAGGAGCGCUACAAGUCCCAAUUCAGCGGCUACAUCGACGACGACCUUGAGGCCGAUGGUCUUGAGGAGCUCUACCAGGAUGCCCACAAGCAGAUCCGUGAGGACCCCUGGAAGAAGGAAGAGUCGGACAACAAGAAGACCAAGGAGGAGUGGAAGGCCGAGUCCAAGAAGUACAGGAGCGUCAAGCUCAGCAAGGCCGAGAAGGAGGAGCGCGUCCAGAGGAAGAUUGCCGAGCUCAAGGCAUAAGUUGUCCUUCGGUAACGUUUGAUGAUGACAAAAGCACGGCAUCCGGCGUCUGGGCACGGAUUGGAAUGAUACCUGUUUCGGUGCUGUAGAUAGCCUUCCACGACUCUAAUGAGAUGAUGAGAUGGCAUGCUGCAGUUGGCUACCAUAAGCC